GAUCGCGCGUGUCCUCACUCGCCACAUGUAAGGAACGUUCGAUGUGCCACGUCAUAGGCAGGAAUCUUUGACAGGUUAUAAGAAUUGGCGGCGGAGAAAUUUCGUACGCCUCCUCCGUUAUUUUCUCAAAGAGGAGCAAAUCUCGGCGAUGGCUACGAACGGUGGUGACGCAUCUCUUCCUCUAAUAAAACCUUCACCGUCUGCAGUGACCGGAGAUAGAACAUCGGCUAUUCAGACGCUUGGAAAUAUUAUAGUCUCCAUCGUCGGCACAGGUGUCCUUGGACUUCCUUACGCAUUUCGCAUCGCUGGAUGGUUCGCUGGAUCUCUAGGCGUUGUUAUUGUUGGAUUCGCAACCUAUUAUUGCAUGCUCCUUCUCAUUCAAUGCAGAGACAAGCUAGAAUCAGAAGAAGGACAAGAAGAAUCGAAAACGUACGGUGACUUAGGAUACAAAUGCAUGGGAACAAAAGGUCGAUACCUAACCGAGUUCCUCAUAUUCACUGCCCAAUGCGGUGGAUCAGUAGCCUAUCUAGUCUUCAUAGGCCGAAACCUAUCAUCCAUAUUCACAUCAUAUGGUUUAAGCAUGAUCUCAUUCAUCUUGAUCCUCGUUCCAAUCGAAGUUGCAUUGUCUUGGAUCACUUCUCUAUCAGCUCUCUCGCCUUUCAGCAUCUUUGCUGAUAUAUGCAACAUCAUAGCCAUGUGUUUCGUUGUGAAAGAGAAUGUGGAGAUGGUGAUUGGAGGAGACUUCUCGUUUAGUGAUAGAACAGCUGUUUCGUCUACCAUUGGGGGUUUACCGUUUGCUGGAGGUGUUGCUGUGUUCUGUUUUGAGGGUUUUGCAAUGACGUUGGCUCUUGAGAAUUCUAUGAAGGAUAGAGAAGCUUUCCCUAAGUUGUUGGCUAAAGUGCUUGCUGGGAUUACGUUUGUUUAUGUGUUGUUUGGGUUUUGUGGUUAUAUGGCUUAUGGAGAUGAGACGAAGGAUAUUAUUACACUUAACCUCCCAAAGAAUUGGUCUGCCAUUGCUGUGCAGAUUGGCUUAUGUGUGGGAUUGACGUUUACGUUCCCGAUCAUGGUACAUCCGCUUAACGAGAUCAUAGAGCAGAAACUGAAAAGGAUAGAUUGGCUUCAAAAGCAUCAUCAUAACUACAGCAACGAGACAGGUUCGGUCUCUAAAUAUGUAAUCUUCACGACGAGGACGCUUUUGGUGGUAGGACUUGCAGCAAUCGCGUCAUUAGUCCCGGGAUUUGGUACAUUUGCAUCUCUGGUUGGAAGUACUCUGUGUGCACUCAUAUCAUUUGUGUUGCCUGCUUCUUAUCACCUCACGCUGCUCGGUCCAUCGUUAAGUCUAUGGAGCAAAUCUGUUGAUGUGUUCAUUGUGAUUUGCGGGUUGCUCUUUGCUGUGUAUGGUACAUACAACACAAUCGUUGGCGUGUAACAACGGAAGAAAAAUAAAACUGUGUAAAAAGAACACAGCAACAGAAAGUUGGGCAGAGGCUCAGACCAAAGAAACAGAAGUAUAGCUUACAUGAAUCUGUUAUUGGAAGAUAGUGGAUUGGGAAUAUCCAAAUUGUUGUAUGAUAAUCUGACAGCUUUGAAAUGUUUCGCAAAAGCAUUUUGGUUCUGUUCAAGUGUGGAAAAGAUGUUAAGUCUGAAAAAUGUAAAAAAGAAACAAAGAGUUAAAAAUAACGCGCCAGGUAGGGGUCGAACCUACGGCCUUCUGCUUAGGAAACAGACGCUCUAUCCACCGAGCUACAGGCGCUAUUGAUAAUUAUGUGCCGUUGUCUAUAAAGCUUUACUUAGUUGCAUAUUCUCAGAUAAGCUAUAAGCUUAUAUAGUACUUCCC